AUGGAUCCUCAGCCAACGGCAUUGGAACAUAUGUGUGGCGAAGAGAAACUUAUAAAAAAGGUCCCACAUGGUUUGAUCACAAGUCACGAUUGUACAGUCAUCAAGUGCCCCCAUGGCUUCGAGGAAUAUAACCAUGCCUGCUACACUGUGGUCAAAGAUGCUGUGGCCUUCGUCGAUGCGUACCGCAGAUGCGAGGCGAUGAACAGCUACCUUCUGAACGUGGAUUCCACUCCAGAGUUGAACUUUCUUAGAAAGCUUGUCGGACGUGCUGGCGGUUGGGUUCCAGGAUUUUGGACAGGUGGAUUUUAUGAUACGAUUCGCAGAACCCAGGGGCCCCAGGGGAGGCAAGGGACGUGGUUCUGGAGGAAGACUGAUCUUAAUGGACGAGAAACAGUGACGCAAGUGACGCCAGAUAAUACUGACGUAAACUGGUGGGGAAUUGACCCCUUCAAUAACUGGUACCCCGCUAAAGACUGGCUGAUGCUUAAUACCGAAAAACACUGGCUGAUGCUUAAUACCGAUGACUUCAAGCUGUACGGUGAAACCUAUUUCGUGAAGCUGGGGUACAUUUGUGAAACUGUGGCUAAAUAAAGCGCUAA